AUGGAUAUCCAAGAGGAGACUCGACCCAUCCCGGCCUACUACGGCUGCUAUCUCCUCCGUUCGACCGUUCGACACUCCUCACUAUAUAUCGGUUCAACGCCAAACCCGAUCAGACGGCUAGCUCAACAUAACGGAACCGCCAAAGGUGGGGCAAAGCGAACAUCUCGCGAUAGCCUACGACCAUGGGAAAUGGCUCUUGUCGUGGAGGGCUUUAUGAGUCGCGUCGGCGCCCUACAAUUCGAAUGGGCCUGGCAACACCCCGAAAGAACCCGACACAUCGAAUCCGACGAAGAAAUCACCCGCUCAAAAGUCAUCAUCAAUUCCAAAACGGGCAAGACAAAGCCGCGUAAUUCGCGCUCGCGUAGAUCGCUGACCGCUCACCUGGAAGAUCUGCAUACGCUUCUUCGCUCCACCUACUUCUCCAGCUGGCCCUUGCGUAUUCGCUUUUUCUGCGCAGACGUUCAUCGGGUAUGGCGUAUCUGGAACGACCGUGUCGAUGUACCUCUGCGCGACGAGAAAUUGAUCCUGGACGGAGAUUGUCCUGGAAAGGCGAGCGAAAGCGAAGCGGUAGGGAGCAUCGAUAAGCUUACGGUGGACUAUUCGAAACUAGAGACUUAUUUGGAGAAGUCUAUGUUUCUUCUCGACGAUGCGGAGGGACUGACAUGUCAUGUUUGUAAAGUCGCUGUUCUUCCGCACGUCCAGCAAAUUGUGGUUUGUCCACGGGAACCAUGCCGCAGUACAAAUCAUCUUUUAUGCCUUUCUACCGUAUUCCUCGAGGUAGAAGGUGAUCCGGAUAGUCUCAUACCAACACAAGGCACAUGUCCCGCAUGCAAGGAGACUGUGCCGUGGCCAUUGAUGAUGCAGGAAUUGAGCGUUCGCAAUCGGGCCGAAAAGGAAGCACAAGCAAUUCUGCGGAGAAAGGAUAAACGUGACCGCAAGAACAAAACUAAAGAUCCUCGGCAAACUUCUGUUGAACCCUCAUCGCAGCAAGCAGGGGGGGUUGGCGAGUGA